UAAUUAAUCGUCACUGUCACGGCUCAUAGAGGUGGAGGCUAAAUGGAAGCGGGUCAUGGUCCUGGAGUCUAGAACUGGAGCGGUUCGUAGUGUUUAGAAACUCUCAUGAUGGAUAGGGUGAGUUCACGUCGUUCACAUCGACCUCAUUGAAUGAGAGACGUGCGCGUGCACUCGCCAGCAGUGAUCUCAGCCGGCGCCGCGCCACGACAUGGCGACCGUCAAGGUGACAGAGCAGAAGGUUAUACUGUGCGGCGAAUACGGCGUCGGAAAGACGUCUAUAUUCCGGCGCUUCGCCAACAACACGUUCGUCGCCAGCAACGACCGCAAGUCGACCCUGGGCCUUGACAACAUCGACAAGGAAUACGUCGUCGAAGACAGACGGAUACGUCUGCAAUUAUGGGACACCGGCGGUAUGGAAAGAGGGGCAUCUGUUACUUCAAGUUACUACAAGUUUGCAGAGGCUGCCAUUCUGGUGUUUGCCCUGGAUAACUCGACAUCGUUUCAUUUGUUGUCUCAACAUUUGCUCGACAUAGUUACAUAUGCGGAGAAUGCGAAGAUAUUCCUUUGUGGAAACAAAAGCGACGUGGAAAGCGUCGCGCCACAAGUUACGGACGCAGAGAUGGAACAAUUCUGCGAACAAUGUCAUAAUCUGAUUUCGGGGAUAUACAAAACGUCGUGCAAAACUGGCGAAGGUGUAAAUGAGAUGUUUGAGGAUAUAGCACAACAUCUGGUCGAGGCGAAUCGAUCGCGAAUGGAACUUCAUGAGAUGGACAAGGAUCGAUUUAAGAUUUCAUACGUCGACGAAGCAACCGACCCAUCGUGUUUGUGCUAAUUUGUAAUUGACAUUCGCCGACAUGCACUUUCUGAGAAUCUCUAAAGUUUAAGGAAAAAACUGAAUGGAAUCUUUUAUAUCGAGCACUUAUCACACGUGACUUUCCUAUGAGGGAAAGUUGCGUCUCGCAGAGGAAGGGAAAAUCCAUGAAAGUGAUAUACGUAAUAUAUACACAAGUUGCGCGCCACG